AUGUCGCGGUCCGUUCGUGCGCACCUCGCGUUCGUGGGUGUGGCGGUGCUCGUGUGCCUCGCUUUGGCCCUGGCUCCGGCCGAGGCCAAGAAGCCCGCAUCGUUUGCCGAUCUUCCGCUGGCCCAGCUCUUCGGAAUCAAGGGAAAGGAGAGCGGUGGCACCUGCGUCGGAUGCACCCUCAUCGUGGGAAUCAUUGAGCAGUUGGGCGAGGUGCGCAACGAGACCGUGACGCAGACCGUCGAGAAGGUGUGUCAGCUUCUGCCCGCCGGACUGCUGCGCACCACGUGCGACGAGACCAUCGCGCUCUACGGCGCCACCAUCAUCUCUAUGCUCGAGAACCGAUACAAGGCUGACGAUGUGUGCUUGAAGAUCGGGCUGUGCUGGAACGCCACCUGCCGCCUGUUCCCCAAGAGCGGCACCUUCACGCCGCCCUCGGCCGCCGAGCGCGAGAAGAUUCUGUCGACGUGGAAGACCAUGUCGCUGCUCAAGAUGGUCGACAUGAUCAAGCUGAACAAGAACAACAACGACAAGCGCGACGUGGGCGAGUCGCCGUGGCAGUGGAUCGUCGACUACAUCACCAAGCUCGUCAACAGCCACGGCCCGUGGUACGAUCUCGACAGCGAUAAGUUCGGAGCGUUGACGCAGACGCUGAGGGGCACGUUCUGGCGCGGCAAGGACUGCAACGACUUUGCCUCCGACAUCUACCCCGGUCGCUCGAAGACCAACCGCGGCCCGGAGUUCGAUCACAACUGCAACGGCAUCUCGGGCACCGACCCCCAGGGCCGCUCGUACGAAGACCUCUACUGCGCGGGCACCAAGCAGUACGGCCUCGCCGUCCUCGGUGACUCGGCCACCGCCCAUUUCCACAUCCCGCCCGAGUACGUGACGGCGAGCCUGAUCCAGGACAACACCUACCACAACAUGCUCGACAUUCUGAUGGACGAGUUCGAUUGGCCCAUGGCACCGACUGGUUACAUGAACCUGACGUGGCCUGGAACGCCUCAGGGACCCAUGACCUCCAUCUACCAGAAGAUGAGGCAGCGCAACCUGUGCAUGCACCGCGAUUUCCAGAACAUCGGCGUGAACGGCGCGCGCACGGGCGCGAUGGCCGACGAGAUCAUGUUCACCCUGGGCAGGAACCAGAACACCGAUCACCCGCUCAUCCUCAACUAUGCCCUCAUCGGCAACGAUGUGUGCAAUGGCCACUACGGCACGGGCUCCAUGACGACCCCGCCCCAGUUCUACGCCAAUGUGAUGCGCGCGCUCAACCACCUGGACACCGUGCUGCCCGCGGGCAGCCACGUCGUGUUCACCGGCCUCGUCGACGGUCGCGUGCUCUACGAUGCCCUCGCCAACCGCCUGCACCCUCUCGGCCUGUUGCACGGUGACGUCACCUACUCGCACUACUACGACUUCAUGAACUGCCUGCAGACCUCGCCCUGCUUCGGCUGGAUGAACAGCAACGCCUACUGGAGGAACGCCACCACCGCCAGGGCCGAGGAGCUCAACCAAGUCUACUCUCAGAUUAUUGCCAACCACACGUUCAAGAACUUCGAUAUGUACUACUUCGAGCCGCCGCUGAAGGCCGUGAUCGAGCAGUGGAACAAGGCCGGCGGCGAGACCUGGCAGCUCAUCGAGCCCGUCGACGGCUUCCACCCGAACCAGCUGGCCAACGCCCUGUUCGCCGAGUACCAGUGGGGCGUGCUGGUCAGCAAGUUCCCGCAGCUCGUCGGCGACAUCAACCCCAACAACGCCCAGAUCCUCGCGCGCUUCGGUGACCAGGGUACGUGA